ACCUCUCACUGCGCCGUCUAACCCAGCGCGUUACCUUUCCAAUCCACUUCCACUACCAACACCUUACCUCCUACUCCUGAUCAAUCUCCGACACAUCCUCCGCCACGAUGGCCGACACCGAAGAUGUCAAGCGCGAAGAGCGCGAAGAAGACGAGCAGCUGGACCGACAACAAGAGGACGACGACCUCGGCGAUGAGGAGGAGAUUGCGGCAAUGAAGAAGCGCGUGGAGGAGAUGGAAGCCGAAGCCGCCAAGUUGCGCGAACUGCAAGCCAACAUCGACUCGCAAGCGGACAACUUGCGCGAAAACAAGGAGGACAUCGACGCGCGGAGUGUCUUUGUGGGCAAUGUCGACUACGGCGCAAGUCCCGAGGAGAUCCAGGCGCAUUUCCAGAGCUGUGGUUCCAUCAACCGCGUCACGAUCCUGCUGGACAAGUUUACCGGACAUCCAAAGGGGUACGCGUAUGUGGAGUUUUCGGAGCCCAAUCUCGUCACGCCGGCGCUGGUGCUCAACGAUAGCACGUUCCGCGGUCGUGCGAUCAAGGUUGUGCCCAAACGGACAAACUUGCCUGGUAUGACUCGAGGUGCUGGUCGUGGCGGCUACGGUGGUCGUGGAGGCGGCGGCUACGGCCAGCAGCCAUUCGCACCACGCGGAGGCGGCUACCGUGGCGGAUACCGUCCUCGCGGCCGUGGCUACAACCCAUACUGA